AUGAAAGCGGAAGAUAAGAACUGCUUAAAUUCCGAACUUUGGCAUGCCUGUGCUGGUCCUCUUGUUUCUCUGCCUUCUAUUGGCACUCAUGUGGUGUAUUUUCCUCAGGGUCAUAGUGAACAGGUUUCUGUAUCGACGAACAAGGAAGUCGAUGCUCAAAUACCAAAUUACCCGAGCUUACCCCCACAGCUCAUUUGCCAGCUUCAUAAUGUGACCAUGCAUGCUGACAUAGAAACAGAUGAGGUUUAUGCUCAAUUGACCUUGCAACCAUUGAGCCCACAAGAACAAAACGAGGUUUCUUUCCACCCAGCGGAUUUAGGUGCCGCUAGCAAACAGCCUACAAACUACUUCUGCAAAACAUUGACGGCAAGUGACACGAGUACACAUGGCGGAUUUUCAGUCCCACGCCGUUCGGCCGAAAAAGUUUUUCCUCCAUUGGACUUCUCCCAGCAGCCUCCAGCACAGGAAUUGAUUGCUCGAGAUCUCCACAACAACGAUAUGCAUUUGGGGCUUCUUGCUGCUGCUGCUCAUGCGGCCUCCACGAGUAGCCGUUUCACAAUAUUUUAUAAUCCGAGGGCAAGUCCUUCUGAAUUUGUGAUACCUCUCGCCAAAUACGUGAAAGCAGUGUAUCACACUCGAGUUUCUGUGGGCAUGCGUUUCAGGAUGAUGUUCGAGACAGAAGAUUCUAGUGUCCGUCGCUACAUGGGCACGAUAACUGGCGUAAGUGACUUGGAUUCUACGAGGUGGCCGAACUCACAUUGGCGCUCGGUUAAGGUUGGGUGGGAUGAGUCUACAGCUGGCGAGAAGCAGCCGAGAGUUUCUCUUUGGGAAGUUGAGCCUUUGACAACUUUCCCAAUGUAUCCAUCAACUUUUGCUCUGCGACUCAAACGUCCAUGGCCACCUGGUCUUCCCUCCUUCCCCGGAGUGGGGCCCACCUCCCCUUGGAUGCAACUGCAGUCGAGGUUCGACCCAUCAACAAUUCUCGGCAUGCAGAAUAAUGAUACUACUUUUCAGGAAACGAGAUGGGCCGACCCAUCCAAACAGUCCCAGCUGCUUUUCGGCAACCGGCCCAUGGGCCUGACAACACAGGCCCAGGUACCACAGCAACAACAACAACACCCUCAAAAUCUCAUGCACAACGCUCUUUUUCAGCAGCAACAAAUGCUCCAUCAGAGUUCGUUCGACAAUAAUGACAACACCCAAAUGCAAAACGGUCUCCAUCAUGAACGGGCCUCAUCGGGUGGGCCCGUAUUCUCCCAAGCCCAGACAAGCAUGCACAUUAGUUCUCCUCUGCACGGGCCAUUCGGGCCGGCCCGCCAAGAAGACGGUGCUUGGCCCGCGAAGCGUGUGGCGCUUGACCCACUUCCUUUUACGGAUUCAAAUUCGAAUUCGAGUUCGGUCCAGGUCGAGCAGUUGGGCCUACUGAGCGCGAACGUGGCCCAUAACUCCGUGUCUCUGCCUCCAUUUCCUGGCAGUAAUGACCCACAAAAUCAAUUUCUUUUUGGCUUGUCGGGCCUUAAAGGAGUUGGAGAAAGUGAGACUGCGAAUAUGGGUUUUGCCUCAUCGAGCUCGGUUGCCGAUUACUCAUUCAAUCCUACUUUAAACACAAACAAUUGUGUGGAGGAUUCGGGUUUUGUGUUGUCUACUGAUAAUGGGGAGCUUGCUAAUCCAACCAAUAGAGCAUUUGUGAAGGUUUACAAGUCGGGAUCGUUUGGAAGGUCACUCGAUAUAACAAAGUUCAGCAGCUAUAAUGAGCUGCGUAUGGAACUCGCGCGGAUGUUUGGGCUCAAGGCCCAAUUGGAAGAUUCUUUAAGAUCAGGCUGGCAGCUUGUAUUUGUAGAUCGUGAAAAUGACGUGCUCCUUCUCGGUGACGAUCCCUGGCCGGAAUUUGUAAACAGUGUGUAUUGUAUCAAGAUACUUUCACCAGAAGAGGUUCAAGAAAUGCGAAAACAGGGGCUCGAGCUUCUUAACAAUGUUCCUCUUCACCAAAAUGUCGGUUGUGAGGGCUACCCAAACCGCCAAGAACCGAGGAAUAUGAAUGCCGGCAUAGCUUCUGUUUACAAGUUGGGAUCGUUUGGAAGGUCACUCGAUAUAACAAAGUUCAGCAGCUACAACGAGCUGCUUAUGGAACUCGCGCGGAUGUUUGGGCUCAAGGCCCAAUUGGAAGAUUCUUUUAAGAUCAGGCUGGCAGCUUGCCGUGAAAGUGACGUGCUCCUUCUCGGUGACGAUCCCUUGCCGGAAUUUGUAAACAGUGUGUAUUGUAUCAAGAUACUUUCACCAGAAGAGGUUCAAGAAAUGCGAAAACGGGGGCUCGAGCUUCUUAAUGAUGUUCCUUUUAACCAAAAUGUCGGCUACCCGAGCCCCCAAGAACCGCCGAGGAAUAUGAAUGCCGGCAUAGCUUCUGCAAAGCUAAUAGCGCCAUUGGCAUUGCUCAUCCACGGAAUAUAU